UUCUCAUUACAGGAUUUGGUCCAAUUGGACUAUGAGCAUAAAUAGAUAUAAGUAGUUGAAUUUAAUAACAUCAGGUGUACAAUGGAAGCAGCAAAUCAGGAUAAACAACUUCCUUCACGGGGGUUAAAGCAAGUAAAGGUAGACAAUUGGGGAACUUUCUUCCUUCAAAGACUUCAGCAGCUUUAUUUUGAAGAAGAGUUACUUGAUCUUACAAUCAAAUUUCCCACUAGUGAUAUCACUGUUCAGGCUCAUCGUUUAGUCAUAACAACAUGCACAGACUACUUUAUGCAAUUGGAACGUGAGCAAAAAGAAAAGGAUGAAAAUUUUGAUGGGGUAAUUAUCAUGCCAGCAGAUAUGCCAUAUGAAUGUGUCAAGUCAAUUAUAAGUUUUAUGUACACUGGACAGUUGGAGUAUUGGACUUCUGAGCAACAUGCUUUAUAUCGUACAGCACAGAAAAUGAACAUGGCUGUUCUAACUAAAUUGCUUGAUGCACAAUUUAACACUGCUUCUCCACAAAGUGAACAGUCAGUAAAGUGCAACGCCCGACCAGUAAUAGCAGUUUCAAAGCCAUCAACAUCUAGCACAAAACCAACAAAUACUUCCACUGCAUCUUCAGGGCUUUCAAGUCAGCCAUUGCCAGGUAGAAAGCUUCCCAUUUGGAAACGGAAGUUGGAUACACCACAGAGUAUGCCAUCGUUGAAUUAUGAAAUGCGAACAUUCCACGGGAUGCCCUCGACAAAUAGGCCUACAGAGGUGACUCCUGGUCCUUCCCGAUUUGAUCUCCCUGAAGCUGAAGAGUUUGCACUCGGUGUGUUUUCAUCGUUCGAUGACAUCACAUACAAUACAAAACCUAUCGUUCAAGCGCCAGACAAAUAUAAAAGAGACAGUUCGCCUAGUGGUAAAUGUUCCCCAGAUAGAGAUAGUAAAAACGACACGACUGAAGAUGAGGAGGACGAAGGUCAUGCAAACGAGAAGAGUCUUAAAGAAAUGAAUUCCGACGAUGAUUGGUCUGUGUCUAGAUGUUUCCAAAGGGGUCAAGAUACACAGCCCUCGCCAUCAAAGAGGGUACGAUUUGAUCUGGAAGAGAAAGAGAAUAUGGAAAAAGGAAAACCGUCUUACAGAGCCAAUUCAGAAGAUUCGAUUAAUAAUCAUGCAAAAAUCAUUCGAGAAGUAUUGAAGAAAUAUCCCCAUUUGGUAAAGAAUAACAAGAACAUACGUUUGAAGAUCAUGCAGAAAGAAGCAAAAUCAGCAGAUAGCAAUUCAGCGUGCAAGACGAAAGUUUCGUAUGUAGUUUUAAAGUCUGACCACUUGAUGUCAAGCAAUAACAGCGAGGAUACUGAGUCAAAGAGUAAUGGGAAUGUCGAUGGCGGCGAGACUGGACCUUGGAAGUGUAACAAGUGCGACUUAGAGGAGGAGUAUACAAACUACUACAUGUACAGAAGACACAUGCAAGACGUGCACGAGGAAAAAUUCGAUCCGCGGGUCUGCGAGCACUGUGGCUACAAAGCGACCAAACGAAAUAUUUUAAUGUAUCAUCUUUACACGAAACACAACGUGCCUCCGCCAAAAAGCAUGUGUUUCCCGAAGUGCCAGGCAUGUUCUUACGUGGCACUCUCGGAGACACUUCUCGUAAGGCACCAGAUCAAUCACAAUCAUCGGCCAACAUCGCGUCAGCAUUCGUCGACGGCCGAAGAAAUUCAGUGCAUGCAGUGCUCGCAGACGUUCAAAGACGUUACCGAAUUGACGACUCAUGAGAUUAACACAGGUCAUGGAAACUUGCCCGACGGUAAAGAGAAAGGUCACCGUUGCACACAUUGCGGCAAAGUUUUCGUACGAGCGACAAACUUGCAAGUUCAUCUCGACUGUGUGCACAAGGAUCUACGGGAUACCGAAACAACGACGGUGUCUAUGCCAACCAUUUCUCUGGAACCUUCCUCAGAAGCGGAAGCUCUAAGUCACGUAGCAAGCGGUAUAGCUGCUUCCUUGGGCGUUGGAGACAGCGUUCCGGCGGAAACUCACGAAGUAACUUCGAACGUGUCGGAGUAUACCGUACCGGAGAUGCAGAUAAACAAUAUUCCACACGAAAUGACAUACAACACUCACGAACUCGAUGGACAGCACAUGAUCAUGUUGAUUGACAAUGAUAAUUAUCAGCAACAGGAGAACGAGCAGCAACAACAGCCACAACAGUUGAAUAUUUCCGAUAACGAGCAGAUCGUGAUGCAGGGAACGGAGGAUGGGAUGAUCGUUUAUAUUCAUGGAAAUGAAGAAGGAGACCGGCAAACGUAUGAGAAUUAUCAGUCGGAGGAACUUACUGAAGAGACCGAGGAAAUAGUGGAAGAGGUGGUCGAGGAAGUUGAGGAGAAAGUGACAGACGAGGAGAUGCAGGUUGAACAAUCCGAGAUAUUAGACGAUUGCAAUGCCGAUCAAGUGGAGGAAGUUAUUCAAUACGUGGAAGAACAGACAGAAAUAGUGGAGUACGACGAGCAAUGCAGCGAACAAAGUAACAGUGUGGACGAGUCGCAGGAAUCGGUUAUGAUCAUUGAAGAGGAGCAUGUUGAAGGGGAGCAAGAUAUUGAAAAGAACGACAAGCAGAAUAAAACGGAAAGCUUCACCGAGUGGGACGAGGACAGUAGAGAGUUAGCUGAAUCAUAA